AACAAAUUGUCAAUACAUGAGACGCCUCACUUGAGGAAAUGAUUUUCACACAAGCCCUACCUACGGCGUUUUACGAGGCACAAAGAGUGAGUUUCCACGUAGUUAAAUUCGAACUUGGGACGCGAUCGUUGAGUGUUUAUUCCAGAGGACUGUGGUGCCUUGCCCGGAAGCCGACGCUUGUGAAAAUGGCCCAGCUGCUUCGCUCUCCCCUGCUCUCCUCUGCCGCCAUCCGCAGCGCCUCUACUGGGACGCUGGAGGUGAAGGAGCCGCUGAACUUCUGGGGCGGCGGCCGCGUGAAGCCGCUGAGUUCCAGCAACGCGGAGCCCGUGUACGAGCCCGCGACCGGACAUGUGCUGUGCCAGAUGGUGCCUUGUGUUGAUGAGGAAGUUGACCAGGCCAUAAAAAGUGCCCAUUCAGCUUACUUGAAGUGGAGUAAGAUGUCUGGUAUGGAAAGAGCCCGUGUGAUGCUGGAGGCUGCUCGAAUUAUCAGGGAACGGAGGGAUGACAUUGCCAAGGUGGAGGUGAUCAACAACGGCAAGUCCAUCACAGAGGCAAAGGUAGACAUUGAUGUUGCCUGGACGUGCAUCGAGUACUAUGCCGGCAUAGCUGGGACCCUGGCAGGCCAGCAUGUCCAGCUUCCUGGGAGCUGCUUCGCGUACACCCGGCGUGAGCCCCUGGGAGUCUGCGUUGGUAUCGGUGCCUGGAACUACCCCUUCCAGAUCGCUGCCUGGAAGUCGGCCCCUGCCCUCGCCUGCGGUAAUGCGAUGGUGUUCAAGCCCUCGCCCAUGACCCCGGUGACCGCUGUCAUGUUGGCGGAGAUCUACGCCGAGGCGGGAGUUCCGGAGGGGCUCUUCAACGUGGUUCAGGGAGGGGCAGAGACUGGCACCCUGCUCUGUCACCACCCCAUGGUGGCCAAGGUCUCCUUCACUGGUAGCGUCCCCACAGGCAAGAAGAUCAUGGAGAUGUCGGCAAAGGGAGUGAAGCCGGUAACCCUCGAGCUGGGAGGGAAAUCCCCACUGAUCAUCUUCCAGGAUAGCGAGCUGGAGAAUGCGGUGAAAGGGGCCCUUAUGGCUAACUUCCUGACCCAGGGAGAGGUCUGCUGUAAUGGGACCAGGGUCUUUGUCCAGAAGGACAUCCUGCCGAAGUUCCUGGAGGAGGUGGUGAAGAGGACCAAAGCCAUCCCCUUAGGGGAUCCCCUUUUGGACGGAACGCGUAUGGGAGCCCUCAUCAGCCGGCCUCACCUGGACAGGGUGCUGGGCUUCAUCAACCAGGCCAAGAAAGAGGGGGCCAGAGUGUUGUGUGGGGGGGAGCCCUACGUACCUGCCGAUCCCAAACUCAAAGGAGGCUACUUUAUGUCUCCAUGUGUGUUGGAUAACUGCAGGGAUGACAUGACAUGUGUGAAGGAGGAGAUCUUUGGGCCGGUGAUGUCCGUGCUGCCCUUUGACACGGAGGAGGAGGUGCUGCAGAGAGCCAACAACACCACCUUCGGCCUGGCCGCUGGAGUCUUCACCCGGGACAUCGCACGAGCCCAUCGUGUCGUGGAGAACCUGCAGGCAGGAACCUGUUUCAUUAACAAUUAUAACAUAAGUCCAGUGGAGGUUCCCUUCGGCGGCUAUAAGAUGUCAGGUUUUGGCCGUGAGAAUGGUCAGGUGACCAUUGAAUACUACUCUCAAUUGAAGACUGUGGUGGUCGAGAUGGGAGAUGUGGACAGCCUCUUCUAGGAGUCUAUCUUGGUUCUUCUGUUGCAGCAGCAGAAUCAUGAAAUAGUAGAGUACGCUUCCGUACCACCAGUAUUUACCUAAUGGUUGGGAGAUAUAUAAAUGAUACAGAGGUUCUUGUCCUGUUUAAUAUGAAGGGAAUUUAUCCCAAUGUGAAACUCUAAUUUUUCUCUGCACAAUAUCAUCUGCUGAAUUUUACCUUGGCAUCACGAAAGUACACUAUUGCUAACAGCUCAUAGAUCUCCACUGUGAAUUUCUUGCAUGCCAUUACAUAAUAAAUAUUUCUACUACUCA